AUGACAGACGGCGGCGUUUGUGAGACGGCGCGAGUGACGGUCUCAGUGCGCGUGCGACCGAAGCUUGCACAUCCACUGACCCCCCUCCAGCAGAGUGAGCGCUACGAGCAGGUCGUUUGCAUUCCCUCCUCUGACAAGUCGCUGCGACUCGCCGACUGUCGUGCGACGAAAGGCACUCGCAGCCUCCACUUCGCCUACGACCACGUAUUUGACAUGGACGCGACGCAGGAGGAUGUGUACGAGGCAGCCGUGCUCGACUGCGUGGACAGUGUGCUGGCUGGCACGAACGCUUCCAUUCUCACCUACGGGCAGACCGGCAGCGGAAAGACCUUCACGGUGCUGGGAAAGACGGCCGUUGUCCACAACAGUGGAAAGGGUGUACAUGCCGUUGGCGCCGACACGGGCUUGCUCUUACGCUCCAUUCAGGACAUGUUGAUCUUCGCUGAGCGCAUGCGCGCCAAGUGUGAGCGCCACGUUGCGCUCGGCAUGACCGCCAUUGAAAUCUACAUGGACGAGAUCCGUGACUUGUUGCGCGAGGGAGUGGGUGGCCGGCCGCUGCAGCCCAUCAUGACGCGUGACGUCCUGCAUCUGCCGCACCUCACGCAUGUGCCGCUGCGCACGCUACAGGACGCGUUCCACGUGUACGAAAGCGCAGCGGUGCGCCGGGUGCAGAGGGCGACAUCUGCGAACGACACCUCUUCUCGCUCGCACGCUUUCUUCACGAUCGAGGUGUUUCAGACCCCCAUUACGCCCGCACACUCAUCUCCGCCCACCCUGGCGGAGUGCUGCGCGCUGCGGGAGGCACAAUGUGCCGCGUCGAUAGCAGCGGAGCGUAAGCAGAAAGGGCCUCAACUACUGCGCAGUGAGUGCUUUGAGGGUGCCGCGAACGCGCUGCUUGGCACACGCUCCGCACCUGUCAUGUACAGCACACUGACGGUGGCGGACCUUGCAGGCAGUGAGAAGGCGAAGCACGCGGAGGUGCGCGGAACCGGCUUUAACGAACUGCGACACAUCAACGCUUCCCUCACCGCACUCGGCAACGUUGUUCAUCACCUCUACCACGGUACGCCACACAUUCCAUACCGUGACAGCAAGCUCACGAUGAUGCUGCGCGAUACGUUUGCGGCUCCCCGUGCGCAGGUGGCACUCUUCGUGAAUGUGAGCCCGACAGCUGUGACGUGUGAGGAGACGCUCUCGUCGCUCUACUUUGCCGACAAGAUCAAGAGUAUGAGGGUGCCUGAACCCGGCGCCAAGUCGCCACAGCAUGCCGCACUCCAGUCAGCGUAUUUGGAGUCCAUUCACAUCCACGACGCUCUCCUCGCUGAUGCACACAUCUUUCAGGUUCAACAAGAGCACGCGACGGGGCUUCUGCAGCUCGCGGCGGCGUUGACGCCGCGACACCCUCUGUUCCAGUUACCUUUUCACACGCCACUGGCCAACGGCACCGACAAGACAACCGGUAUGCAGGUUUUGUGCACGCGCCUAAGGGAACGGCUGGCGCAUGAAGAGAGCCCCGAGGCUCGCGUACGUAACUUCCUCGAGACGCGACGGAGGGAGCUCUUGAGGGACAUGCUGAGGCAGUAUGGUCAACGUCGCGCUGAGGUGCAAGCUCAAAUCGCCACCGUUGAUGAGGCAGGGGUCGAUCUACGCGCCGAACUCUCUCGUGAUGAGUCUGCCAUCCGCCAGCUUCUCAGGAAGGCGGAGGAGGCUACGGCGGCUAUCAUGGCAACACGGCAGGAGUUGACGAAGGUCAAAAAUACGCGAUUAGGGGAGCUGCAGCGCUUGCGCGACUUCGAGGCGGCGGCGAACGAGGGUGACGGGGGCGCCGUAGACGCGCACGUAGCCGAUGCCAACAAUGAGGCGAGUCUGGCUGCCUUUGAGCAAGAGAGGGCCACAUACGAGAAGGCGCUGGAACUGGCGCAGCUUCGUCUCACGCUCGUGGGACUCAUGGCUCCUGAAUCUACUCCUUCACCAUCUGCGCACGCAGACGGUGAGCCGGCUGCUGGUCAUUGUCGAGGGAGCACCACCUCACGCAGUUGCAGAGACGCCGCAUCCACCACGGCGUCUUCCACCCCUUCCAAGCCUACUUCUAUUGAGGAGUGGCUGCGAGGCGCUGUACUGGCGAUGACAGGCAACGCUGUUGUGCAGUCUUCAAGGAAGCACCCGAGGCAGCAGCAGCAGCAGGAGAGGCUCCAGCCGAUUUCUCUACCGCAGCCGUUCCGCAUCUUCAACUUCACCAAUUCCAGUGGAGAUCCACAGCCCCUUCCCAAGUACUGGAGCGUGUGUCACAGGUGGGAGGAGACGGGGAGGGUGGGAGCGGACACCAACGCCCGCGCUGUUGCCCCCGAUGCGACUGGGAAGGGCACCAGCAGCAUGACCCGCCACCUCUCCUCUUUCGACGACCCUGCGCUUCUGACACGGGUGACCGCUUACAUGGACAUGGGCGCCUCUCUCACGAAGCUCGACCGCUAUGGCCGCCCACACACGCGAUGGUUUUACCUCUCACAGAAAGCCAACCGUCUGCGGCUGUGCUGGGACGAGUCGCAUCGUGGGCCGGGGCUAACAGGCGGCGGUCGUGUGUACUUGGAUUCCGUGGUGAAGAUUACGCUGGGUCGCUCCUCACCUGCCUUUCUUAAGUACGCCACCCACGAGCGCAAGAGCGAAGUUGGCGACUUCUGUACUUCCUUCACUCUCACCUGCCACAGCCACGCACGUAGACAGCAGUUGAAGUUUGUGGAUGUCAUGUGCCGUGAUCGGGCAGAGGUGGAGACGUGGGUUGUUGGUCUCACUCAAUUGGCCGGCGUCUUCCCGUGCUUCGACGGCGCGCGCCAGCCCAUAGGGGUGGAGUAUGGAGACGAGGAAGAGGCAGCGGUCACGGGAAGCGACGCCGCCGCCAACGCCGAUGCCGCGGCAGCAAAAGAGGCACAGAGGGAGCUCUCUGACGUCGAGACGGUGCUGUGCCGUAGCUGGCACAUUCCUGCUCAGACGAUGCUGCACACUCGGCGAGAGAUCGAGACACGUCGACAGCGGCACCAGUCUGGCCGGCUGCGCCUGAGCCCUGGUGAGCUGCGCGGCCGGACGGGACUCGACAUCUUCAGAGCCAGUGCGUUGUGGCUGCACUUCAACCGGGAAGGCAGCGUGGUAAAUCCGUUCAAGGAGCUGCACUGCUACGUAUCUGAUCGCGUCACAUCGUGGUAG